GGGCACCUCUGGGAGUGCUCAAGCCAGCUGGAGAACGCGCUGGGCCGCACCACCGAGACCCCCGACCACAUCAGCAAGAGCGCGGCUUACCAGGUCCUGACAGCAGCGGCCGACCAGCUGGACCAGCUCUUCGAGAGGACCAUGGGCACCAUCGAGCGGUUCUACUGCAUGGCGCACAAGGUCGCCCUGGAGGACAGGCCGCGCUUUAUGGGCCGAGGGCAUGGGUGCCAGCUCAAGGAAGUAGAGAACAGGGGGCGAGGCGAGAAGCGAGAGCGCUGCAGGAACAUGAAAGCAGACUGGUGGGCACGAGUGGAAACGACACUCGCGCUGACGGCUAAGCUGAGGAGGAGAGACAGAGGGCACCAGCAGCUGGAACGGUUGGAAAAGGCAGCGCGCGCGCUCGCCUACACCAUGCCAGAGCUGAAGGGCCACGUUACCCCCACGGCGGAACUCCACCACCAGAUUUGGAGGAGCAGGCUCAAGAACCUUGGCAACGUACCCGUGGACAUCAUCGACGGCAUGGCUGAACAGGCCGAGCUGGAGAAGCACGCAGCGGUGAAGCGCGACUACAGGGAGAGCACGAGGCACUUCUGCCAGUGGCUAGCCGACACGGAGGCGAAGCCAAGGGUGCUUCACUUGAUCACCAAGCCGCCCGUCCGGCGGGAGGAAGAGAUCGCGACGCCAGCCAAUACCACGGACUACCCAGUGGAGAUUGCAGACAUGAAGGCGGAGGUGUUCAGCAAUAUAUGGAGCUGCAACGGGCUCCCCCACGAGCAGCACGCCGUCAUCCUGCAGAACCUGCGCGCGCAGGCGCUCAGCGCGGACUACAGCGCCUGGACCGUGGAGGACCUCGGCGCGGCGCCCAAGGGCGAGCCCGACCGAGGACAGGGGAUCGACAAGCUGAGCUGCUCGGACAUCAGGAGGCUGCCACUCGAGGGCAGGCAG